UAACACUAACAGCAUUCAAUCACUCAUUGCUUCUGUCAUACAAGAAAAAAGCAGUGAUGGAAAAAAGUCAAUAAUUCCUCCACCAUCAUCUCAAGGGUCAGCAGGGAUUUAUUUGGCCUUAUAUACUUGAUGGCCGUGAAUCAACCACUAUUGAUGCAUAAAAAGUAUGAAUAAAAUAUAGUUGAGAGAAAAAUGAACCUCCAUUAUUAAAGCAUAUAAUGAAAAAGUGAAUGGAUUAUUGGUGUUUUUACUAGUCCAUUUCUUUUCUUUGAUUUGCAAGAGAGAUAUAUUUAAGCGUAACUGGAACAUAGCUUUCAGUUCAUAAAGAAAAUGACUAGAGUUUUGCUGUAUUUAUGGUUGGUGAACCUUGGAUUAGCUUGAUGGAUUUGGAGAUCAUCCACUUUCCCAGAUUGCCAUCCACAGAGCAACUCUUGCCCUCCAUGACUCUGCCUCCAUUAAAGCUUACCCUUCAGUUCUCGGCUUAAAGGGUGAAGAUACCCAGUGGGUCACUGUGGAUAUAGAAUACCCUGAACCCUCAGUAACAGAUUGGAUUGGUGUGUUUUCUCCGGCAAAAUUCAACUCAUCAUAUUGCCCACCAGUAGAUGACCAAGAUGAACAAAAACCAUAUAUAUGCUCUGCCCCAAUCAAGUUCAAGAAUGCCAACUAUUUGAACCCAAAUUAUACAAAGACAGGCAAAUCCUCUCUCAAGUUCAGGCUGAUAAAUCAGCGUGCAGAUUUUUCUUUUGCAUUAUUUUCAGGCGGGUUGUCAAAUUUUCAAACUUCAUAUCAUUUGAGAAUCCGAAAGCACCCAUCUAUCCACGCCUUGCUCAGGGGAAGUCUUGGAAUGAAUUGACAAUAACCUGGACAAGUGGUUACAACGUAAAUGAGGCUGUACCAUUUGUUGAGUGGGGUCUGAAAGGAAAAAAUCGAUUGAGAUCUCCUGCUAGAACAUCAACAUUUGAUCGGAGCAGCAUGUGUGGUUCACCUGCAAAGACGGUUGGCUGGCGUGAUCCUGGUUUCAUACACACUAGUUUCCUUAAAGAUUUGUUGCCAAACUCUGUGUAUACUUACAGGAUGAGUCAUCGUUUAUCAGAUGGUUCAUAUGUCUCUACCAAAUUCUAUUCCUUCAAAUCAUCACCAUAUCCUGGACAGGACUCGCUACAGCGUGUUAUAAUAUUUGGUGACAUGGGGAAGGUAGAGCGUGAUGGUUCAAAUGGUUAUAGUAAUUAUCAACCAGGUUCACUUAACACUACAGACCAACUCAUAAAAGACUUGAAAAACUAUGACAUAGUUUUCCAUAUAGGAGAUUUGUCAUAUGCAAAUGGAUAUCUCUCUCAGUGGGCCCAAUUCACAUCACAAGUCGAGCCCAUUGCAUCAACCGUGCCUUAUAUGGUUGCAAGUGGUAAUCAUGAACGUGAUUGGCCAAAUUCAGGGUCCUUCUUUGAUGGUACAGAUUCAGGCGGUGAAUGUGGUGUUGUGGCUGAGACCAUGUACUAUGUUCCAGCUGAGAACCGAUCUAAAUUUUGGUACUCCACAGAUUAUGGUAUGUUCCAUUUCUGCAUAGCAGACAGUGAAAAUGACUGGAGGGAAGGAACAGAACAAUACAGUUUCAUUGAGAAAUGCCUUGCAUCAGUAGAUAAACAGAAACAACCAUGGUUGAUUUUUGUAGCUCACCGUGUCCUUGGCUAUUCCUCUGAUUUCUGGUAUGCCUUCGAUGGCUCAUUUGAAGAAUCCAUGGGAAGGGAAAGCUUGCAGGGUCUUUGGCAAAAAUACAAGGUCGAUAUAGCAAUUUAUGGCCAUGCUCAUAACUAUGAAAGAACAUGCCCCAUACACCAGGACCAAUGCACAAAGACAGAAAAGUCUCGUUACUCUGGUACUGUGAAUGGAACCAUUCAUGUUGUGGUUGGAGGAGGAGGGAGCCAUUUAUCAGAGUUCAGUGAAGAAACACCAGAUUGGAGUAUUUACAGAGAUUAUGACUUUGGAUUUGUUAAACUCACUGCCUUCAAUCACUCAUCUCUCCUAUUUGAAUACAAGAAAAGCAGUGAUGGGAAGGUCUAUGAUUCUUUCACCAUUUCCAGGGACUCCAAAGAUAUGCCUUAAGCUUGUAUACAUACAUGCACAAUGGUUGUCAAACAACCAAUUCAACAUUUUGAACUAUAUUGAAUUGAAAAAAAUGAUUGCAAGGUCUUUUUUUUUUUUUUGGAUAUAAGGGAUGGAAUGAUUAAACGAAGGCUUUUUGUUUGAAAAACUGUAGAUUUUGCCAUGAGGUUGUCGGUUGUCCCAAUAGAGACUGAUUUUGAGGAUGAUAACAACAGUUUUAAUUAUAUAUCAAAUUUUCUACUGAA